AUGUCCGGCUCCGGCAGGAAAGACUUCGACGUGAAGCACAUCCUGCGCCUCCGCUGGAAACUGUUCAGCCACCCCUCGCCGGCGGGCGGCCCGGCGGGGGGAGGCUGCCUGCCGCCCGACAGCAGCUUCGAGCACUGGGGGCCCAGCCAGAGCCGACUGCUGAAAAGCCAGGAGAGAGGCAACAGCGUCUUCUGGAAGAAAUCCGCUUCCUCCGCUUCCUCCUCGGCGGCCACCACAGCCAGCCCGCCCAACGGGACGCUGCUGCCCGCCGGCGGGCGGCUUGGCGGGGGGCACGGGCUGGGGCACGGCCACGGGCCGGGGCCGCCGCCGCCCCGCACCGUCUUUUACGUGGAGUCCCUCGAGGAGGAGGAGGCGGAGGCGGUGCCCGGCGGGAUGGAGGUGGCCCGGGAGCCGGAGAAGCCCCUGGCACCCCCGGAGCGGGAGGAGACGCUGGGGGGCUGCGGAGAUGGAGGCAGUCGGGCAACAGGUGACGGCGGCGGGCACAGAGUGUCAGGAUCCAGCCACCCCUUGCCCCCUCACUGUGACAUGGAUUCCUGUAGCUCCGAGGAAUUCUACCAGGCUGUUCACCACGCAGAGCAAACCUUCAGAAAGAUGGAGAGCUACCUGAAGCAGCAGCAGCUCUGCGACGUUAUCCUGAUUGCUGGGAAUCGCAAGAUACCUGCACAUAGACUUGUCCUCAGUUCUGUCUCUGACUACUUUGCUGCCAUGUUUACAAGUGAUGUUUGUGAAGCUAAACAAGAAGAGAUCAAAAUGGAAGGCAUAGACCCCAAUGCACUGUGGGAUCUCGUUCAGUUUGCAUAUACAGGCUGCCUGGAACUGAAAGAAGACACCAUUGAAAAUCUUCUAGCAGCUGCCUGCCUUCUACAGCUCCCACAAGUAGUAGAGGUUUGCUGCCAUUUCCUGAUGAAGCUUCUGCACCCAUCCAACUGUUUGGGAAUACGAGCAUUUGCAGAUGCUCAGGGAUGCACAGAGCUUAUGAAAGUGGCUCACAACUACACCAUGGAGAAUAUAAUGGAAGUUAUAAGAAAUCAAGAAUUUUUACUUCUACCAGCUGAAGAACUCCAUAAACUUCUUGCCAGUGAUGAUGUGAAUGUUCCUGAUGAAGAGACCAUUUUCCAUGCCUUGAUGAUGUGGGUGAAAUAUGAUAUGCAGAGGCGAUGCAAUGACCUCAGUAUGCUACUUGCUUAUAUCAGAUUACCACUCCUUCCACCUCAGAUCUUGGCUGACCUAGAAAACCAUGCACUUUUUAAGGAUGACCUAGAAUGCCAGAAGCUUAUUCUGGAAGCCAUGAAAUACCAUCUCUUACCAGAGAGAAGAACUCUCAUGCAAAGUCCAAGAACUAAACCUAGAAAAUCUACAGUUGGGACACUUUAUGCUGUUGGAGGAAUGGAUAACAACAAAGGUGCUACAACUAUUGAAAAGUAUGAUCUCAGAACAAAUAUAUGGAUCCAGGCUGGAAUGAUGAAUGGCAGGAGACUUCAGUUUGGUGUUGCUGUCAUUGAGGAUAAGCUCUUUGUCAUUGGAGGCCGGGAUGGUUUAAAGACAUUAAACACUGUUGAAUGUUACAAUCCAAAGACCAAGGCUUGGACUGUGUUACCACCGAUGUCAACACAUAGGCAUGGCUUAGGUGUAGCAAUUGCUGAAGGGCCUAUUUAUGCAGUGGGAGGACAUGAUGGUUGGAGCUAUUGGAAUACAGUUGAGAGAUGGGACCCUCAAAGUCAGCAGUGGACAUUUGUGGCAAGUAUGUCCAUUGCCAGAGCACUGUUGGAGUGGCCAGCAUUAAAUGGCAAGUUGUAUUCAGUUGGAGGUCGGGAUGGAAGUUCGUGUUUGAGCUCAAUGGAAUAUUAUGAUCCUCACACAAACAAAUGGAACAUGUGUGCUCCCAUGUGUAAGAGGAGAGGAGGUGUAGGUGUGGCUACAUGUGAUGGCUUUCUUUAUGCAGUUGGAGGCCAUGAUGCUCCUGCUUCUAACCACUGUUCCCGGCUGCUGGAUUAUGUAGAAAGGUAUGAUCCAAAAACUGAUACAUGGACAAUGGUUGCUCCACUUAGUAUGCCUCGAGAUGCUGUUGGUGUCUGUCUCCUCGGUGACAAAUUAUAUGCAGUAGGUGGCUAUGAUGGUCAAACAUACCUGAACACUAUGGAAGCUUAUGACCCUCAAACUAAUGAAUGGACACAGAUGGCUUCCCUAAAUAUUGGAAGAGCUGGUGCUUGUGUUGUAGUCAUCAAGCAACCGUGA